AUGUACGAAGGGAUUGACAACCUGAAAUCCCUUUACGACCGUGCCGGGAAGACUUUCUCCGGCGGUCCUUCUGCGGCACAGGAUGUGUCGCGUCUUACUGCUCAACCAGACCCAGUACGUCAGCCAUCAGUUAGGAGCGGGGCUCCCAAGUAUCCCAGGACGGGGGACAGCCGCGCCACCGGACGAGAUAACUCGUCCGACGUCCGUUCACGUCGCGGUGGUUCAACAGCUGCUCAACUAGAUAGCUCUGGCCACCGCGAGAGUCCUCUAAUGGAGGUGGAGGAGGAGGAAAGACGCUCUCCACACGAUCAUGUGGAUCGGUGUGUUCCCGAGAGCUUCUUUGAUCGCGUAACGCAAGGGUUACGCGACGAUCUCGAGCAUGAGCGGAAUAGGCGUCUCCAGAUGGUGGACACUGCCUCGAAGCAUCGAGCUGAGUUUGCCUUUGCUCAGCUUGAGAACGAGAGAUCUCUGACAUCUCUUCGUGACGAGCUAAGGGUAGCUCGUGGGAUUGUUGAUCGGUCUCGGGCUGAGAUAACUGCUCUUCAGACCCUUGUUGAUGCCCACCAUCGGGAGCACAAGGCUCUUUGCGAGAUGCUUGAGCGCAAGGGCGUUCUUCAUCGGAAGAAGCAGCGUACUGAUGGUACGGCUUAA